ACAGCCAGGGUUGUAAAGCCUGUUCGAGGAGUUAGUUCAUGAGACUGCAUCGAUACUUUUUCGAUAAAUUACGUUAUCGGUCUCUCUUCCGCCGACCUAAAACAGCUGUGGGCGGCAGAAAAAGUGUCAAAUACUUAAAAUAAGAGAUUGUACGGGAAGAAAGUACAAUUUGUGCAACAUAGUUAUGCCGAAUUCAUUAGAAAAGCCCAAAGAAUCGACCUGGUACUAAUUUGAGGUCCAAGCUCCUGUGUGCCUCACCUCAGCAACAUGGUGUUUGUUGUUGAGGAAACAUUGGAUAAAAAGCACAACCUUGCAGCUCCUUCAAGUUGACAGACCUUCCUAGAUUCUCUUUUCGUCCAAUGGAAACCAAAGGAUGCAGCCAGCGAUGGAAGAUGCGUCUGCCAGAGUUUAAAGACAGCAGAGGAAAAGACACUGAGAGAGGCAAGACAGAGAAAGAAAGGAACGGGGCAGGGCCACAGAAAAGUGUUACUAUGGCGCCCACCUCUAGGUAUCUGAGUGACAGACAGUAUGUAAUGAGGAAGCCUCUCUUCUCCGUAGAACAACAUACAUCUAUCUUAAAGAAGACUCAUCCACUGAAGCACCCGCAGAAGGAGAAACAUUUAAGUGUCAGCAGGACAGAAGAUCAGCAAUAUGCCAACAUCAGCUUGUUGACCAGUGCAAGAGAAGAACUGACCCCAGAGAGCUUCAGCUUCUCUCACUGUGACCUGUCAUCACCCUCAGCCUCCAGAGAAGAGCUUUGCUCACCCUUGGGUGUCUCAGACCUGAGAGGCAGGCUGUCCCAUGAAGAACACACUGUUGGAUCACCUUUCCCUGGAUGCAAAUCAGCUCAGCGGAGCCUCUCUAGUUCCUUCCUGGAGGUCCAGAGACUAAACCCUCCUCUGAGGCCGCCAUUAACCUCCACUGUCCUAUAUCCUACUUACACCCCUCGCUCAGGUUACUCAAGGCGAGGCCAGACUGAGCUCAGGCUUGGGGGGAGGGAGGGGAGAGGGGGAGGGGAGACCAAACUAAAUACAUGCUCUUUUGUAGGACAGUCAAGGGGACGCACUAUGUCUUCCUGUCAGGCAAACUACUGGGCUUGUGCCAUCCCUAAAGCUUUGCCGCCUUCCCCAGACAGGCACUCUGUAGGCUGGGAUCCAAACAGAGAGUACCAGGCCCUGCUGGACUACACCUACCCUCUGAGACCAGGACAUCUGGUCAGUGAGUGGGACCGCUCUGAGCUCCGGAGAGACUCUCUCCUCCAACCAGACCCGAACCUACAGGACUCAGGGAUUGAACUGGACCACCUUUGUAGCUCCACCAACCUGUCGGGGUUAGACUUUUCCCUGAGCGGCACAGGGCAGAUCAGAGAAGGGGGCACUCUUAGCGUGGGUCAGAGGUCACCUGACCUGCAGGGGUUCUCCAAAUCCUCAGAUGGUUCGCCCUCUGGUGCCCCGCUGCCUCUAACGCACCCAGCCAGUUUGUCCUUGGAGAGUAUGGACUGCUGUAGAGACAGAGGUGAGAUGAAUAGUUACAGGAGUGGUGGUCACCAUCAUGAGCACCACACACCAUCCUCCUCCACCUCCACUGCCUUCAUCCGCUCCACCAGUGUGCUUCCUCGGUCCAGGCGUGUUGGUGUGGAGGUAGAUGAGGAGUUCCGGCCUCUCCCAGAGCAGCUGGAGGAGCUGCAGCUUCUGUCCAGACAGGUGAGGGAGGUGACGGCACAGCUGAGGCGGCCCAUCACAGCCAGCUGGGAGUCUCUGGAUCCAGGCACCACCUCCAUCCUCUCCUCCAUCACCCUGCCUGAGAAACAGGAGGCUGAAGAGGAGGAGGAGGGGGUCAAAGAGCAGGAGGGCAAACAAGACACAGAUGAAGGACACAGAGAGGAGAGCAGUGCUGCUGAGACAGCAGCUGAUGAUGGAGACUCUGAGGCAGUGAGGAGGAGUCCCGGAGCCUGGAUGGAGUCUGUUGGAGGAGGUCUGACUCGGGCUAGUCUCAGGGAGGUGGAGGCUUUGGCAGAACAGCUGUGUGGCCUCACCCUGCCUGACACCCAGAGGAGCAGCCAGGAGGACCAGGAGCAGAGUGACUCCCUCAUGCGACACAUUCAGAUCUUCUGUUCACACCUGGGGCAGCUCAUCCAAUGGCUCUACACAGUGUCAGAGAAGAUGGACCUGAUGGCCCCGCCCACUGUGGAUAUAGACAGUGUGAAGUCAUCGCUGGCCGAUUAUCAGAGUUUUCAGAAAGAAGUGAGCAACCAUCAGCCACUGACCUCCUGUGUCCUGCACAGCGGACAACUUCUCCUCAGCUGCAUCAACACCACCUCUCCAGUUUUAAGAGAUACCCUGCUGUUGAUUGAGAGGCAGUCUAGAGCUCUGGAGAGCCACACUGAACACUUCUUCUCCUCCAUCCUGUCUGCCAUGGACAGUCUGACCCAGCCCAGUCAGCCCAGCAGGGUGGAGGCCCCAGGCCCUGUGGGGCUGCAGGGGUCCACUCUGUGAACAUUCAGUAGAAGCGCAGAACAUGUCUGUGUGCAGGGAUAUGAUUCGUUUCACUUAUUUAUUUCUUUAUUUUCUUACUUUUUUCCAAAGAUUAUGUUUUUUUAAUAUACAGCUUUCAUUUAUGCAUCACAAAAAAAAUCUUUUAUACACAUUAAUGAUCUAGAAGAAAAUGUCCUGAGUUCUUAAAAGUUUCAUGAAAGAAAAAUUCAGGACCAGUGUGUUAUCUGAACUAAAGUGAUCACUUAAAAUACUGCAGGAACUUGAAGUGCUCUUAAAUGGUGUCUGAAAAUUAAAAAUAUAGAGCUGUAAAUUAGCACAGUAAGUCCCCUUUAAAGAGAGGGACAGCUUCAUUCACUCUGUCAUUUCAACACAUCAGGUUUACAUCUGUUUCUCUGAUCCUGAUCUCUGAUCAGUUGGCAGCUACUGCAGGAUGUGAUCACCAGCCGGUACUAUGAUCCUUUUUAUGACCUGAUUAUCUCACAGGAAACAAAAAAAGUUUUUUAAAAACAUUUUCUAUUAGCUGGUUUAACAAGGUUAUCAAAUGUGUCCUUAUGUGAAGUGCACUAGAACAUCACACACACAGCCUUAAAACAUUUGUAUCUGUUCUCAUGGACGUCAGUGUUAUGUGUUCUAAUGUUAACAUGUAUGUCAAACGGUCAGUUCACCCAAAUUACAAAAGAUACAUGUUUUCUUACUUCCCUCUAGUCGUAUCUAUUCUGCAGAUAGUUUUGGUUUUAUUUGUCCAAGUUUGGACAAUCUGAAUCUGAGACUUCAGACACAGAUAUCCACCCCAGUACAAUAUAAUAUUUAGUUUGUGGUGCUUACAGCAUUGAUUUAUAUAUCACCGUGGAUAACCCACUGUGGGCAGUUGUCAUUAGAACUACCUACUACCAAAGAUAUAGUACCUGUUGGAGAAAAUGGACAAAUAGAAACUGAACAAAUAAAACAAAAACUAUUUGCGUGGCUAGUUAUAGUCAUUUGGGUGAACUGACCCUUUAAAAAAGCCUUUACAACCCAAAACAACUCAAGCUUUUCACUAUACUGUAAUUCGAUCAAAUCACUAAAUAAAGCUGGUUGUUUAACCUA